AUGGCGGACACGAUCCCUCCCGUUAUCACGGAAGCUGAGACAAAUGACGCCGCUAGCGUCUUUCUCGCCGAACAAACGUUCUCAGUUCCGCAAACACCAGGCGGUGCACUGUCGCGGGCCUCGUCUUAUGCUGGUCCUGAGUUUGGACCUCUCCAGGAGCUUGUCACUACGAUGAAAGGGACGCUUGACCACCUCGGAGGCGUCUUCGAUACUCUUGGAGAGCAGACAGCUCGCGUGGCUAGCUUGGCGCCCGCACUACAUACCGCGCAUCAAAUCCACCAGCUUCGCAAACAAUUGGUGGUUCAAGAUCGCCGCCAGGAGGAACGUAUACAGGAACUUAAGCUGCUCCUGCGGGAUGUGUUGAAAGAACAAAUUGCUACCCAUCUUCGGGUCCAUGUUACCCGCAUGAUCAAGGAGCAGAUUCAGUCGAGGGUCAAGGAUCAGGUUUCGAAACAGUUGCAACUGCAGUUCCCCGAGGAGAUGCGCAUCCAAGUUGCCCAGCAUCGGCCGCAGCUUGCAGGCGUAAAGCGCAAUCUCCACGACACUAACGCACGCCGUCACAACGCACACUUCAAGUCGCACCAACUCUUCGAGCCCCUGCAACCCUUGCACACGGCUAAUGGGAAACCUAGUCCCGACUUUCCUAAGGACCUCGCUACUAUGUUCUCGGUGGAUGCUGCAACUGCAAAGAAGCUGUGCAAGGAUUAUGAACUACCAUUAGCUCCUGGGGGUGCUGCAGACGAGCGGGAACAAAAUCUAAACAAGUUCAUGGCAUACUGCGGAAUGCAAUUCCACAUGCUACCCCCACCGCCAAGAAUACAAUUCAAUGGCUUAGCCUUCGGCGCCUGAUUCACCUGUCUUGCUAUUCAUGUCCUCCCCCCUUCCGCAUUUCUUGUGAUCGCCCUGUUACCUCACGGCAUCAUUGAACAAAAGCACGUAGCUGAGCUUGAAAUCCGCUUUGUGUUCAACGAGCUCCAUAGCUAGAAUAUACUUAUGUUCAUCUACACGACCUACAUACAACGCUGGGAAAGCCAGGCUAGUUCCCUUGAUAUCGAACGUUCGUCUUGACAGUGCCCCAUCUGUUUGUUGCUCCAUUUCGGUUUGAAAUAUUGUCGGAUUGAUGUAUAAGUACUAAACCCGCACGAUAUCUUCUGCCAUGAGAACGCCCUCCGAGAAUGCUUUGUUUCCAUACCAAAUCGCUGCAU